AUGGCGAUAGAAGAGAAAAAGCUCAAUCCUGUAGCAAUUGGCAAAGGCGGGAACCUUGUCCCCGGUGCCACGUCCUUCAACCGCGACAUUGAGGUGAAUGGUAACAGUGAAUGGCCUCCUGCAAAGUAUCCUGCCUACCUGCCUACAUGGGAUCACACUCAGAAAUAUCCACCACUGCAACAAUAUAUAUUUGUCGAUCGAGGAAAUCAUGCUGAUCCAACAUUUCCCCAUCUACUGGGUACGAAUGUUCAUACGACGAAUAUAACACCGACAAUGGGAACAUUUAUAAAUGGUUCUGUUCAGCUGAGCAAGCUCGGCGAUUCGGCGAAGGACGAGCUAGCUCUGCUAACUGCCCAGCGGAAGCUUGUUGUGUUCAAAGACCAAGAUUUCGCCGAUCUUCCCAUCACGAAGGCAGUUAAAUGGGGUGGCUACUUUGGCCGACAUCAUAUAAACGCCACUUCCGGUACACCUUUGGGAUUCCCAGAGGUGCAACUUGCACACCGUGGAGCAGGAGAUUCGAGCUACGAUGAGUUCUUCAGUAGCCAUACCACAUCCGCCGCAUGGCACUCGGAUGUCACUUACGAGGAACAACCGCCCGCUCUGACCAUUAUGUACAUACUCGAGACACCUGAGACAGGCGGUGAUACCCUGUUCGCGGAUCAAGUGGAGGCGUACCGUCGUUUGUCGCCAGCUUUCCAAGAGCGGCUUCACGGUCUGAGUGCACUACAUUCAGGCGUACAACAGGCGGAGACGGCACGUCGCAAGGGAAGUAUCGUCCGACGGGAGCCCAUCGAAACCGUGCAUCCUAUUGUGCGCACGCAUCCAGUCACGAGAGAAAAGGCGCUCUUUGUCAAUCGGCAAUUCACUCGAGGAAUUAUAGACAUGAAACGAGAGGAGAGCGACUGUAUUUUGAGCUUUCUAUACCAACAUAUCGCGAAUAGCCCUGACCUGCAAUGCCGCAUCAAAUGGGAGCCCAAAAUGGUCAUUAUAUGGGAUAAUCGAGUCACAGCACAUACUGCCAUCUUCGACUGGAUGACCCGGGAGCGUCGACACCUCGCACGCCUAACUCCACAAGGGGAGCGUCCGUUCGAGACUCCAUUUGAGGUGAAGGACUCGAUCGAGGAAGGACUCUCGGAACAUUCGACACAACGCUGA